AUGGCUGUGGUUUCCAAUAGUCUGGUUUUUACAGGCUCGAAGCCAUCUCAAAAAUUUUCAGAGGCUAUGCAUGCACAAAAAUUGGAGUCAUCUUUUGUGGGUGAGAGCUCUAAGCUCAAGAAAGUGAACGGAUGUCUGCCGCGGAGUCAAGAUCGGCCUGUUUUGGUUAUCUCUCCGGAAUCUGUCCAGGAAGAUAUCGCUUAUUGGAGCCAACAUGUUUUGAUCUGCAAGUUCUUGGGUAUUCAGAUUCCUCUCUCGGCAUUAGAAUCUUGGAUCCGUCGAACCUGGCAUGUUGAGGGGGAUUUUGAUUUAUUGGUAGCUGCAAAUGGCUAUUUCAUGGUCGAUUUUUCUAGUAUCUCGGACCGUAAUCGUGUUUUUGAAGGAGGGCCAUAUUUUUACAAUCAUGUUGGCUUGUUCAUUAAGCCCUGGCAUAGUGGUUUUAAUGCGACAGAAGAUCUUCCUACUCGGGUUCCUGUUUGGGUGCGUCUUCCAUGGCUGCCGUUGGAGUUUUGGAGAGAGGAUAUUCUGCUUCGGAUUGCUGCUCUAUUGGGGAAACCGGCUGCCAUUGCUCAAAAUAAUUUGGAGAAAAAGGUAUUUUCUUAUGCUCGCAUCUGCGUUGAAAUUGACUUAAAUAAUCCUUUGCCAGACUCUUUGGAAAUUUUUAUUGGCUCGGCUUCGUGGAUUCAACCGCUUGAUUAUGAGUCCCUCCCUUUUCGUUGCCGCUUCUGUCACGAGUAUGGACACCUUCAGUGCCAGUGUCCUCGGGCACCCAAAGCUGCUGGGGUGUCUUCUUCUCCUUCUUCUGGGCCCUCGGUGGAGAAAGGGGAUAAAGGGAAGGAAUCUGGGGUUGAGGGUGGGCCUGAUAAGGAUGGCUUUAUCCCUGUUAAGCAGAGAAAUAAAGGGAGGGGGCACAAGCGGGCCUUUAAGGAUAGUCAGAAUGAUCAGGGUUUCAAUCGGUUUGAGGUCCUGGAUAAUCAGGCUGUGGAGGAAGGGAUUCCUGUUGAGCUUUCUGCUGGGGCCUCUGGUAUGGAUGUUGGGAUGGAUACAGGGCUGGAGAAAGUGAUUGUUGUGCAGAAUUCAUCUUCGGCAUUGGUGCAGGGGAGUUCGGAGCCUCCUGGGGCCUCUGUAGAUGUGAAGGAUGAUAUUGUUUUAGCAGAUUUGGCUAAGGCAGUGUUUUCUUCAGGCAAAGGGCGAGGAUCGUCUCCUUCCUUGGGGGUGUUGCAACGCCCUCUCAAGAAGGGACAUUUUGAAUUUUCUUCGAAAGUUGGUCGUAAGAAGGAUGCAGACAAGCUUAAAUCUACUGGGGAUCUUUUGGUGGAAUCUGGGGCUAUUAAGACCCUUGAGGCCCACUUCUCUCAACCUUCCUCAUGA